AUGGCACCGGAUGUUUCAUGCUAUUGUGGCGUUGGUGCACGUAAGCUGGUGACCAAGAAAGAAGGGCGAAACAAAGGACGUUGGUUCUGGACGUGUCCAACAAGACAAUGUCGAUUCUUCAAAUGGGACAACAGCACACCAAGAGAAACCGAUGCAACCCCAUUGCAACAGCAAAACCAGAGCACUCUUCAACCGAGCAAUAGCAGUAACAACAACAACGGCAGUGCAUUGAUGAUAUCUCAACCACGCCCUGCAGCCAGCAGCAACACUGCUCGAAGCAAUACCAAUCAUGCUCACGAGCCUAUUCAGAUUUAUUUCAUGAUUCAUUCAUCCAACAAGAUUGGUAUUCGAGUCCAAUGCGAUCCUCAAGUAAUAGCAGCUUUACGCAGUAUACCAGCACAAUGGGAUCCAGUGGCACGUCUAUGGCUUGUCUCAGCUACCAAAGAAAUGUAUGACAAGGCCAUCCAUGCCAUCACAUCAUCCACUGCUCGCUUGGGUUGUCACAUUCAUCCUUUACCCAAACAAGUCAUCCAUAUCCUUGAACAAGAAGAAGGCAAUGGCUCCUCUACUGUUGCUGAUAAGGAUGAACGAUUGACAACUAUUCAACAAUCGCAUGUAUGGCCAAUCCUCAAAGAGUUUCAGAAGCAAGGUGUACGUGAAGGUCUACGCAGAGGAGGAAGAAUGCUUCUUGGUGAUGAGAUGGGUCUUGGCAAAACCCUUCAGGCUCUGGUGAUAUCACAAGCGUAUAAAGAAGCAUGGCCGGUGUUGGUGAUAUGCCCAUCAUCUCUUCGUUUUACUUGGAAAGGCGAGAUCAGACGUUGGUUGAAGAUUCCCGAGGAUGAAAUCUAUGUCGUGCUCAAAGGUGGUGAUUUGGAAUUGACCGUCGCUGCAGCUGCAAAGCAUGGUGCCACUGCCACCAAAACGGUUCAAAUGGAUGGCUUUAUGAUGCAGGUGGAUGGCAGUAAUGAUGAUGGACCAAGGAAUUCAAAGCGACGAAAAACACAAUCAACCAGCACCACCACGCCAAAAGAUAUCCAAUUUUACGUGAUCAGCUAUGACUUGGCCACCAAAGAUAUCGAGACCAUCAAAAAGUGCAAGUUCAAGUUUAUCAUUUGUGAUGAGAGUCAUUACAUCAAGUCUCCGCAGACCAAGCGCACAAAGGCCUUGAAACCAAUUCUUCAGAAAUCGGAUCAUGUACUUCUCCUAUCAGGCACGCCUGCUUUCUCACGACCGAUUGAGCUAUUCACUCAAAUCAACGCCCUAUGUCCCAAGCUAUUCCAAUCACGUGUUGCAUUUGGUGAUCGUUAUUGCCAGCCCCAGGUCACACCCUACGGCGUUCAAUACAAAGGAGCGCAAAACCUCUCAGAACUCAAUUUCAUCCUUGAAAAGACUAUUCUGGUGCGACGUCUAAAGGACGAAGUUGGCCUUGAACUACCAGCCAAGAUGCGCCAAACAGUGAUUGUACAGCCAUCUCAAAAGGACGCCAAGGCAGUGAAACAGCUAGGCGAGGGCUUGGAUCGAUUGCAAGGAUCAAAGGAUGGUAACCACGAGAAGCAAGCCAAGCUGCUGGAGAUGUAUACUGCCACAGGCCUUAUCAAGAUACCCAUUGUAUGCGAAUACCUGAAUCAUAUGCUGGAAAGCACCGAGGAGCGCAUAUUGAUCUUUGCAUACCACAAGACAAUGAUGGAUAGCAUCGCAGCAACGCUCGAGAAAAACAAUGUCGAGUACAUUCGCAUCGAUGGAAAAACGGAUCCCAGAGUACGACAAGAAUUAUGCGAGAAGUUUCAAUCGCCUACCAGCAAGGUGCAAGUAGCUCUCUUGAGUAUAGUGAUCGGCGUUGGUUUGACCUUGAGUAUGGCAGAUAUUGUCAUCUUUGCUGAACUUUUCUGGACACCUUCUCAAUUGCUCCAGUCUGAAGAUCGUGCUCAUCGUAUGGGAAGAAUUGGACCUGUCACUGUAAAGUACAUCCUUGCUUUGAACACAUUAGACAUCACGUUGUGGAAGAUGAUCAAGAAAAAGCUGACCAUCAUUGGAGAAGCUAUCGAUGGGAAUGCAACAAAGGUCACUAUUGAUGAGAAGCUCACCACAGAAUACGAAUCGAUUGAAGAUGACGGCUUUGAGGAAGAGGACCUAGAUGAAGAAGGCUUAAUUGAUAUCACUGAGAGCACUUGUCAAAGCAUUGCUUCCCAAUUAACAUUCUCCUAA